GAGUCGCACGCGCCGCGACACACGGCAGCUUCCCAAGUCAGCGAGUCUUCCUUCGAGACUCAGUCCGCAGGCGACGUUCUCCACUUAUCCGUCUGCCUCUAUAUAAACGCAUCGCGUACCAUUCACACAUUCUCAUAGAAUUCAUUAUUUACUCACAACACACAUAGUAAGUUAUUUAGGGAGAAUUUUCUUACCGAAUGAUAAUGUACCAAGUAGUGGAACUCGAGUGAGCUAAUUUUCUCGCUCGGCGUUCUCCUCGUCCACGAGCGGAGCCUUUUCUUUUAUUCGAGUGUCGAGUCGUGUCCGAGUGUGUCAGUGCAUUGAUUUGUUUGUUGUUGUGCUAACGACCGGAGAGAAGACCUCGACGACGAAUUUUAAUCGAACUCGGCGGUGACAGACACUCUCGCGGACGAUGUCGGACUCAGGGCGCCGUGGCGGCAUGCGGCUUGCCGGCCUCGCGCUCCUAACCCUGCUGAUGCUCACGACGAGCGUCGGCUGGAUCUACGGCUGCAACGAGGCCAUCUGCGCGAGCGUCGUCAGCAAGUGCAUGCUGACUCAGAGCUGUAAGUGCGACCUCGUCACCUGCACCUGCUGCAAGGAGUGCUUCUCCUGCCUGUCCUACCUCUACGACGAGUGCUGCUCCUGCGUCGAUCUCUGCCCCAAGCCCAACGUCACCGACAAUCCACUCAGCAAAAAGUCCCACGUCGAGGACUUCAACGAGCCCGUGCCCGGACUCUUCCAGGCUUUGACGGCCGAGGCCGACCCCCACGAUCGUUGGCUCACCUUCACCUAUCCCGUGGACUUUGACAUCAGUCUCUUCCUGGCCAAGCAGGACAGCAGCAAGGACACCAAGUACCACCUGCUUUCAGAAAACCCGGACGCUGAAAAGAAUCACUCGCUGAAGCCGAACGUCAUGACGGUGAACUGCACCGUGGCCUACAUGUCCGAGUGCCAGUCGUGGAACAAGUGCCGCCAGGCCUGCCAGAGCAUGGGCUCGUCGAGCUAUCGCUGGUUCCACGACGGCUGCUGCGAAUGCAUCGGCGACACCUGCAUCAAUUACGGCAUCAACGAGUCGCGCUGCAAGCUCUGCCCCCUCGACAAGGACGACGAGGCGCGCGACCCCAGCAAGGACCAGUACGACGAUUACGGACAGGAUGACGAGCUCGUCGAGGAUGAGAUCGAUUGAGGAAGGAUCAUCGCAGAGCAAAGUAUGAUCGUGCGUUGAGCAAGCAUGAGAAAAGGGAUGAUAUAAUGGGGCGGCAGUUGAGCUCUCCUUACUGCUGCUGCUGCUGCACGGUUGAGCGCGAGAACUGUAGAUGAAGUGAGCGACGAUUGAAAGAACUCGUAGUCUAGUCACGUUUGUUUGUUUAUAUACGCUAAUUGUUUGUUUUGUUCUGUUCGUUAACGAGAAAAAAAAGAAGGAAGAAGAAAAACGGCCAACGCCAAUUUUUACUUUAACACGUCUUUUGUACAGCUGCUGCGCGUGACUCUGUAUGCUUAAAUAAUUUUAGCGAAACCUUGUUUAUUUAUAUAGCAAUCGAUGGUUUUUUUUUUAUUAUCGUAUAAUUUUGAUACGCUCAUGUAAUGAGCCUUUUUUAUAAUUUCAAUACAACUCAUAUUACGUGACGCGUUUGUAUGUGCGAAUUCGUACAUAUUACAUAUAUUUUUCUCUCUAUAUAUAUGACUAUAUAAUAAUUGUGCCAUUCAUUUCGGAGAUAAAACUGUACAUGUA